CUCAAAAAGCCAUAGACCAAUUUUCAAUAAGCUCAUUUUAGCUACGCUGAUAUAAUAUCCAUAUCGAUUUCAACUGCAGACAAGAGUGAACUUCAAGCCGGAAUCUUGAGGUUUACUCUGAUUCUAAGGGACACUUUUUACAUUAUAAUGCUUGGAAAAAGGCAAGAGACGGAAUCGAAGUCUGUUGCUUCUGGGGCACCUAAGCAAAAAGCAGCACGAUCGAGAAAGAGGAAGGCAGAUGUUGCCAUUUGUUUGCAAGAUCCUGACGAGGAGGUGGCAGAGAUGACAAAGAAGAAGCAGCUUGAUUCUGAGCUGUGCCAGAGUCCUGAAGCUGGUUACACAAGUCCACACAGGUGGAUCCCCACACCUGAUCAGGAAGAGGACCAACCAGUUCCUCUAAUUAGUUCAGGCUUCCCCCACUACAACUUAAGCAGCAUAUUUAUAACCCCUGUUCAUGCCUCCCCUCUCCCUGCAUUAUGCUGGGCGAGUAAGGAUCUUGUAUGGCACCUCAUGCUGGAGAAGGACAAGAGCUACACCAGGGAUGUCCAUGUGAUGGAGAAACAUCCCCAUCUCCAGCCCAAAAUGAGGGCCGUUCUUUUGGACUGGCUCAUGGAGGUGAGUGAGGUGUACAAACUGCACCGGGAGACAUACCACCUGUCCCAGGACUACUUUGAUCGCUUCAUGGCCACGCAGAGCAAUGUCUUCAAGUCAACACUGCAACUCAUAGGCAUCACCUGCCUUUUCAUUGCUGCUAAAGUGGAGGAGAUGUACCCUCCCAAGGUGCAUCAGUUUGCUUAUGUCACAGAUGAGGCCUGCACUGAGGAUGAGAUUCUCAGUAUGGAGCUCAUCAUAAUGAAGGAGCUAAAAUGGAGUCUUAGCCCUCAGACUCCCAUCUCCUGGUUGAACAUUUACAUGCAGAUGGCCUACCUGAAAGAGACCGAGGAGCUGCUCAUCCCUAGAUACCCUCAAGCAACAUUCACACAGAUCGCUGAGCUGCUGGAUCUAUGUAUGUUGGAUGUGCACAGUCUUGAGUUCUCUAAUGGGGUUCUUGCUGCAUCUGCCUUGUUCCAUUUCUCUUCCUUGGAGCUAGUGGAGAGUGUUUCAGGUCUGAAGCGGGUGGACAUGGAAGAGUGUGUGAGGUGGAUGGUGCCCUUUGCUGUAGUGCUGCGGGAGGCUGGCGGGACACCCCUAAAGAGUUUCCUGGGAAUUCCUGCCAAUGACACACACAACAUACAGACCCACGCCGCUUACCUUACAUGGCUGGCAAAGGCUUAUUCUUACCACGAAGAUGAGUUUGAGCAUCACAGCCGCUGCUCGGUCCCUUCUGGGGUCCUAACCCCACCACUGAGCAGCGAGAAGAUGGACGAGAGUCUCCGAGCUGACCACACUCUCACAGUGCCCCAAAUCAGACCCAGGAUAAGCACUCCAUCCCUGGAACCCCACCCUCUGCCGUAGAACGGCAGGACACGAAAACUGACAUGAGGCCAGCAAAAGCUUCUGGAUCGUUAUUUGUUGCUUGUAAAGCAAGUGAGGACAACGACUUGGACUGGGCUUAAAAACAUGCCUGCAUCUCUGCUUACAGUAUCUUACACUUUUUCUGCAAUGAUUCAGGAUGAGAAAACAUUGAUGGGAGCAGUAUUGUGGGCCAGGUGCUUACCUUAAGUCCAUGCUGGUUACAGCGAUCCAAACACCUCUAACACUGAGUGGUAAAUGUGCUUCAUUGUGGACAGACUUUGAAAUGGAAUUAGCAGGGCUCUUUGGAACGAGAUCACUCGGCAAAAUUGCAGCAUUGCAUCCACUUGCAGACAUGCAUGAGGUUGCUUUUUACUUUUUGUCUGCAGAGGCCAAACUGAUUCAAAAAUGGACAUUUUUAGGACGCCUGUAAUCAAUUUUGCUUGAGUGUUGCUUUUUAAAAAAAAUUGCUCAGAUAUUUUAAAGUACAGUGGACCCACCUACCCAAAUUUUUUUGAUAUGGGUCAUCUUUGGCCCUGUGCUGCUAUAGGUGGUGGGCUUUGCAUCAUGGAGGGGGGAACAGGUGAUUGUGUGUGUUUUGUGUCUAAAUGUGUUUUGGUUACAUGUUGCUCUAACCUCGCCCAUUUGUUGGACAAAACAUGUUUUGCUUGAGGACCAGUAGCUUGGCUACCCAAAUAGACCAAGCUCUUUAAGCUAAAAUUAUAUCUUUAUUUAACUUUUGUUUUAUUAUUUUACUCCCAACAUUUUUCCCCCACCACCAAAAUGGAUGUUUUAUAUUUGACUUUUUGAACAAAAUUAAA